UGCUUGAACCCAGGGGUGGAGAUUGCAGUGAGCUGAGAUCACGUCACUGCACUCCAGCCUGGGCCACAGAGCGAGACUCUCAAAAAAAAAAAAAAAAAAAAAAGUGUAAAGUAUAAGUUAGAAUCCUCCUUCACCCCCAGAUCACCAUUAUAGGGUGCCUGGUGCUCUGAACUUUUCUCUCAGGAAAUAAUUCCUAAGGUGGCCAGUAGGCCCAGCUCAGAAAAUGACCUUCAAGGGGAGCUCGGUAUGAGUAGAGGGGAAAAGGAACACAGAAUCUAACCAACCAGGCUGAGGCCAGGCCUUGGGGUGAAUGGAUCAAACCACAUGUUCCAAGGGAUGGCCAACCUCAAAUGCCAGAGGCUCUGAUGGAACUUCUGUCACUCAGUGCUUUGGGUCCUCAAAACCGCCACUGACCUUCACAUUCAGGUCACAGAAUCGUAGGACUGAAAGAAGCCUGAAAGUCCAUCUGGUCCUAUCUGCCCAUUUUAGAGAUGGGGAAACUGAGGACCUACAACUAAGCUGACUCCAGGAAGGAAUCUGACCAACUAAGCACCUUCCAGAGCCUGCUGAGCCUCUGCCUCCAACCACAGCCCUGGAGGCAGGUGCAGGAGUGCACCAAGCCCAGGCAAUUAGAAAGAUGAGACAGAAAGAGAGCCAGGAAGCGAUCUAAUAGCACUAGAAAGGCAGAGAAGGAGCAGUGUGUCUCCACAGCUUGCAGCCCAGGCUGGUGUUAGAAGCUCCACCUUCAAAGUCUGGCUCUGCUGCCGCCCAGCCGUGUGACCCUAGAUGGUCACUUACCCACUGAGUCUCAGUUUCCUCACUUUUGUUUUAUUUUUUUAGAGACAAGGUCUUGUUCUGUCACCCGCUCUGGAAUGCAGUGUGGCGCGAUCAUGGCUCACUGCAGCCUCGAACUCCCGGGCUCAAGCGAUCCUUCUGCCUUGGCCUCAGGAGUAGCUGGGACUAAAGGCAUGCGCCACUGUGCCUGGUCCUUUCCCAUCUCAUCUCAGAGCAGAUAAUCGUGUCUAUUUCAUGUUGUUGGAAGAAUUAAGUGAGAUAAUGCAAGAAGAAUUGAGCGCAAUGCCUGACACACAGAUAUUUGGAAAAUCCACACUUCUGAAAAAGCCCCAUCUCCCACCCGAAUUAAACAGUAACCACCCAAGGUCGGGGAAAGGGCCUUAUCAGAGCAGGUUUCUCUCCAAGGGGCGGUUUGGCCUUGACUAGGUGACUCACCGGCUCUUGCCUAUAAGUGUGCCCAGCCCAUCCUGAGGGUCAGCCAGUCCUGAGCAUCCAACCAUGUUGGGCAUCACUGUCCUCGCUGCGCUCUUGGCCUGCGCCUCCAGCUGCGGGGUGCCCAGCUUCCCGCCCAACCUAUCCACCCGUGUGGUGGGAGGAGAGACUGCCCAGCCCCACAGCUGGCCCUGGCAGAUCUCCCUCCAGUACCUCAAGAACAACACGUGGUGGCACACGUGCGGCGGGACCUUGAUCGCCAGCAACUUCGUCCUCACCGCCGCACACUGCAUCAGCAACGACCGGACCUACCGUGUGGCCCUGGGAAAGCACAACCUGGAGGUGGAAGAUGAGGAAGGAUCCCUGAUUGCGGGUGUGGACACCAUCUAUGUCCAUGAGAAAUGGAUCUCCUUACUGGUACUCAAUGACAUUGCCCUCAUCAAGCUUGCAGAGCACGUGGAGCUGAGUGACACCAUCCAGGUGGCCUGCCUGCCGGAGAAGGACUCCCUGCUCCCCAACGACUACCCCUGCUAUGUCACCGGCUGGGGCCGCCUCUGGACCGACGGCCCCAUUGCUGAUGAGCUGCAGCAGGGCCUGCAGCGUGUGGUGGAUCACGCCACGUGCUCCAGGAUUGACUGGUGGGGCUUCAGGGUGAGGAAAACCAUGGUGUGUGCUGGGGGCGACGGCGUCAUCUCAGCCUGCAAUGGGGACUCCGGUGGUCCACUGAACUGCCAGUUGGAGGACGGUUCCUGGGAGGUGUUUGGCAUCGUCAGCUUUGGCUCCUCGCAGGGCUGCAACACCCUCAAGAAGCCGGUAGUCUAUACCCGGGUGUCCGCCUACAUCGACUGGAUCAAUGAGACAGGUGGGGAAACUGAGGCCCAGAGAGAGGAAGGAGUUGGGACAACCGGCAAUGCCUGAUCCAGCAGAAAAGAGUUCUCCUGAGGCUGACAAGAGGCCAAGAGGAGCCCGAGAUGAGACAGACCCAGUGUCCAGGGAGGGACAUGCCAGCAGGAUCGGACUCUGAUGAUGGGGGUGGCCAGAGAUGAGAGGGACCCAGUGUCCAGGGAGGGACACGCCAGGGGGAUCAGACCCUGGUGAUGGGGGCCUCUGGCCUGGCGUGCUCCUGGGAAUGUCUGGUUCUGUGGAGGUGCCCCCAGCCCAGCCUCUGGACCCCUCGCUGGAGAGCCCUCAGCUGCAGCUGCCUCAGACUGGCCCAAGAGUUCUCCCUUUUCUCCACUAGACUUUGUCCCCUGGAAGUGGGGACCAUGGUGUGACUCCCACACCCCAGUGAUGCCAAGGCAAGUCUCAGGAAAGACUUGACUUACUCGACAAGAAGUGGGGGCUACAGGGAGCCCAGCACCACCCAGACCCGGGAAUCCAGGAUGGGGGGACCCCAGCUGUGCAGGAGACAGACCAGUAAAUAGAUCAUUAAAUUCCCUGGUAUACAUUUGAAAACAGAAAUACAAACCAGAAGCAUAGAAACGGGACACUUAAACCAGUGUCAGUUGGCAGGAGGAAUUCAGGAUGGCUUCCUGGAGGUGAUGAUGCCCAAGCUUGGUCUUAAAAUUUGACCAGAAGGUACUCAAGCACAGAAGGUAGUCCUGUUUGCUUAAUCCAAACUUCACUCCC